CAUUUUUCGUUUCGUUGCGCAGUUUUUUUCCCUUAUGGGAUGGCUACCGCUUCCCAUACCAGCGGUGUGGUAGUUUGGGAAUGGGAAGAACGAAUAAAUCUCUGGAUUCCUUACGAAGUGGAGGCUGUUCAUCACUUAGAGAGGAGCUUCUUAAGUAUCAAACAAAGCACGUCCAAAAGGGUACCUCCAGUCAAGUUGGGAGAUUGUUCCCGUGACUUAAGUGUUUAUGAAGUUGAUUUGACGAAAAACGAACAACGGAAUUUGGAAACAGGUAAAAAUCGUUGAAUCAUACAUUUUAAAUACAGGGUAAUAGAGGAAAGGUGAAAAACUCUGAGACCGUUAGCAAAAGGCGGAAGUAAUAAAGUAGGGAAAUGUGACGUCAUAAAAAUUUGAAUUUGUGAAAUUAUAGGUUGCCUGAGAUAUUUAGAAAGAUCAAGACGAAAAUGUUCACUUGUCAAAAUUCAGCAGAUCAGAGCAUAUUGCUAUUAGAUUUAAGGUACACUCCAAGCCAAUUUUAGAAGGAUCUGUAAGGUUGGAGUCAGGCGAGUGUGACAUUUAUAUUUCACAUACAAUGUUGAAACCAGGUUUGGUGGAGAGAGGUGCUGGUAUCCACGAGGCCUAUGCAGAAGAUUCACUUAUAAUGCAGUCUCUGGGGAGAACUGCAUGACAAACUUUAAAACAAUGCAGCUGAGAAAUUAACUUGAAGACGCUUUGGGCUGUCAUUGUUGCCUUAACGUGUUAUUAAACCUUUUAGAUGCUAUUUUCAAUAGUAAGAAUGACAUUUUGGUCUUUGAAGAAGUUAAAACUAUAAAAGUAAUCCAAUUAUCUUUUAGUCUUUCAUUUAUUGCAUACAGGUGGUCAUGUCCUUAAUUAAUUUUAACCUUUACUAUUACAGGGUAAUGGGCCCCAACCCCCCAAACAAGUGGUCAUGUCCUUAAUUUAACCGUUACUACCACAUGGUAAUGGGCCCCAACCCCCUAUCUUCCUGAACAAUUAUCAAGGAUCUAAGAUGGCUGUGAUACUUAAUCAAAACAUGCAUGCUCAGUAGAUUUCAGAGCCUUGUUUCACACAAUAAACUACACAGACAUGAAGCCAAGAAGUCAUUUUAUUAUUCUGAAAAUUAAUAGAGACAACUAUCCCUGCAUUCACAAGAUAUUUAAGAUAAAAUCCCAAGUAAGGAAAAAAUUCUAAUUUGCUGCCAUUUGCAGUGCCUAUUGUCAAACUUUGAAUGAGAAUUUAUUUUUAAUCCAUCGCAAUAUAGCUUACCUUUUUACAAGAAAACAAGGGAAAUUUUUAGAAAUAUAUAUAACAAAUAUGCCAGAUUUGUUUCCACUUUGUAGCCCUUGGGUGUUCUUCGCCCUGUUUAUGCACCGUACGCAUUUCCUUUUUCUGCCCUUCAUAAGAGCUGAAACAUAUUGAUUUGGGGGUACAGCAUGGUUCAGUUUGGAAUCUUGUUCCAUCUACGCUUUUGCUUUCAUUGCGAGAAACCAUCGAUUGUUGGUGUUUGUGUGAGGUCAAGUUUGAAAUCAAGUGUUUUGCUCUUCAAUCCAACACGUUCUGAUUCAAGAACAAAAGCAUUACAAAAAAAUACAUUAAAAAGAAACCAAAAUAUGUAUCUAUACCACUUUUUUGAUUGCCACCCCGCAUAUGUAAAAAGAACGAAGCUGAUAAGUACGAUCCACGUCACACAUGUCAGAAUUUUAAACACCUGAAAUUGAAACUAAUAAUAACUAGUAAUAAGUAAGAAGUUAAGAACUAAAAACCUAACUUAUACAAGCCACAGGUUAAAAAUGUUAAAAUGUCAGACAGAUUAAAAUAUUAAAAGCUAUAAAACAUCUAAAAUAUACAGCUUUUAAUGUUCUGUUUAAAAAGAAGAAGAGAGUUAAUUUCUUUAAAAGAUGCAUCUGAAAUGUUCCAUUCCUUAGCGCAUUGAUAAAAAAGUCUGCUUUCUGUAAUUCCUUUUAGCGAGAGGAAGACAGAAAUUGUUCCUUCUUCUAGUGUUAUAACUCUGGAUGUCUGAGUUUCUCAAAGUAUUAAAAUUAUUGUGAUCCACAAGUCUGUGGAUGUACUUAAAAGUGGUAAUGUAUCUACAUACAAGGCGCUCUUGAGAUAAGGUAGGCCAUCCGAGUGUUUUGAGAGCAUUGGUCGAUGACCCAUAGUUGGGCAAUUCAAGGACAACUUUGGCAGCCUUAUUUUGCAAGACCAGUAAAUCAUGCGUUAGUGUAAUAUUAUCUCUGUCUCCCCAGUUGGUAUCAGUGAAGUCAAAGAGAGGUCUUUUUAAGGCAUUGUAUAAUGCGACUCAUGCUUCCAAAGGCAAUAGAUGUUUGAUACGAUUUAACAAGCCAAUUCUUUGAUUCACUUUUGCAAUCAAUGAUUCAAUAUGGUCAUUCCAAGUCAGGUUCUUUUGAAUGACAACACCUAGAUACUUGAUUGAAUCUUCACUCUCAAGGUUUUCGUGAUCAAUAGCAAGCUUGAUACCUUGGCAGGUUUGCAACCUUCGAUCACCACCAGACAAUGCAAACUUCAAUUUCGAUGUAUUUAAGGUCAGAUAGUUGUUGUUGUCGGCAUUCAGCUGGUAUUCAAUGUUUUGACAGGAAUUUACACUGAAGUAAAUCACUGUGUCGUCGGCAUACAUGACUACCUGGCAAUGCUCUAUUAAAACAGUUGGGAAGGUCGUUAACGUAUAGUGGAAAAAGAAGAGGCCCAAGGAUGCUUCCUCAUGGUACCCCAACAGGAACCUUUUGUUUAGUCGACUGGCAGUUUUCAGCAGAUGUGACUCGAUACCGACUUUCAAGGUAUGAGGCAAACCAAAACACUUCACAACUUGAGAGCUAGCUCCAAUGGUCUUGAGUUUUUCAACAAGAAGCACAUGGUCCACUGUAUUGAAAGCCUUCGAAAGAUCUAAGAAAACUGCUCCAGUGAAGCCGCCUUUAUCAAAACUAGUAGUAUGUUGUCUGUAAAAUGAGCAAGGGCAGUUACAGUUGCAAGUUUAGGAUGGAAACCAAAUUGAUGUGGAGUAAGGAAUUUACUCGCUGAUAAAAACUUGCACAGCUGUUGGUACACAGCCUGCUUUAGGAUCUUGCUAAUGGUUGGGAGUACUGUGAUUGGUGUGUAGUUGUUACCUUCGGUACGAUCACCUCCUUUGAAUAAAGCAGUCACCUUUAGUUACAUUUCCAAAUCGAUGGAAAAGUGCUUGCCUCAAGUGACUGGUUAAAAAGUCUGGUCAGUAUAGGUGCCAUGCAUUCAGCUGAGUCCUUCAAUAAUCGUGCACUAAUACGAUCCAGUCCUAUAGCUUUGUUGGUUUUUAAGGUUUUCAAAGGCUUGAGAACAAAGGAUUCUGUGAUACUACAAAAGGAAAACGAUAUAUUAUUGCCGUUCCAUCGCAAAAAGGUAGGUGAGAAAAACUUUCUGGAAUUGCUGGCUAUAAGCCGGAGUUUAUCACUUGCAAUUCAGUUGUGUCGCUUUUACUGUCUUCAGACUCACUUUCGCCACUUUCCUCCUUCCUCAGAAAAUUCUUGCACUUCGAUGUCAGAUAAGUCUGUAUCAACAUUCACAUCACUAAAGCUUAAAUUACUCUUACUAUCAUUGUCAGAACCAAAUAUCACAUUGAUUCAGUGGCAGCAAUAUUGAUAAACAGAGAUAAAAUACAAAUCUAAAGCACGUCCAAAUUUGUGCAACACAAAUCUACUGAAUAUCUAUAUCUAGGUAAUAGACAAAUUAAUGAAGGAAAUGCUCAACCAUCUAGCUUUUGGUGUGUUUUAUGGUGUAAGAGAAAUCUUUUACAAAUCCCGUGCGUAAGAUUCACCCACAUACGUCUUCGUAGCGAAUCCAAACUUCGGCCCUUCACUACCCGCCUCAUGCAAUAGUUUUGUAUGUGCAGUUCAUGUGAUUUGAUUGGUUUAUGCCUGCACUUAACAAUGGAACAAUAAUUAUUGACAAAGACUGCCUUACCUAGGGCAUACAGCACAUUUUUUUGCACCCUUUUCUUGUGGCUGCUUCAGUAGUGAAAGGGUUAAUACUGAUUUCAUAAUAAAUUCUUAUCAUACAUUUCUUUUUAUUAUCUUAACUUUUUUCAGGUAGUGUACGCAGCAUCAAAAGAAGUGUCUACCCAAGCAAUUCUGUUCCUGGGAGAGGACUGAGAUGGGAAUGGUUUAGUGAUUUUGCAUGGGCAGCAUAUGAUAUUCCUACAUCUGAAGCUAUUGAGAAGAGUCAUAGAGCUAAUGAACAGUUUAUAGAUUUGAGCAAUACUCCACUUGGAAUCCCAAAUGUUUUGGAUAUUCAGGCAAAGAUACAAUUUAAUAAACAUACAACUUUUCGAAGGCGUGUCCGUAGGUUAACCGGUCAAAAGUACCCCACAGCUGGAACUCAAGACAUUAGUUCUCCUAGUAUGUCACCAAAUAACAGUUUGCAUGCCACAGCUACUGUCAAUGGCCAAGUGACUUCAAGUAACAUCAGAGCUUCAAAAUCUGGUGUUACCAGUAAAGGUGCAAAGACUGCAGUUAGAGGAUCAAGAUCUAAAAAAGUUAAGGUGGAGCAAUCCCAAGGUAAUACCUGUUUUUCUCAAACUCUACAAUUAUUCCAUAGUGAAAAAAUAAAGGCAAUCGCUGCUGUGAACAAGGAUUGGGUCUUUGUGUCUAAUAAAUUUCUACAUCAGUUCGCAAGCUAGAGCCUUAAAAUUAAUCUCUUUACUUUACUACAGGAUAAUUUUGUUUGGCUAGUUAUUCAAGAAUAAUAAUGAUUAACAAUAAUGUUUAUGCUACCACUACUACUGAUAAUAAUAAUAAUAAUAAUAAUAAUAAUAAUCCUAGGAAUGGUGCACAUACUGAGAAGGUUUCUGUCCAUAAAUAAAAAACUCCCCUGGUACCUCAGGAUUAAGGAUUGGCCCCGGUUCUAGGAGAGUGUAGGAGGCAAUAUUAAUAGCACUGAAAACGUUUAUAAUAAUAACUUUGUUGGGUUAACGCAAAUUACUGAUAAAGCCAGUAUUUCUAGGUAGUCUAAUGUAGACCACAGCUUAAGACAAUCAGUAAAACCCCAAAUUAUUUCAUUCAUCUACAUGAAUAUGUUACAGGUCAAAAUUAAAUUCAGGUUAACUACGUUGAUUCUCAAUUUCCUUUAUCUCCUAGCCCUAAUUAUUCAUGAAUUAGGGCUAGGAGGCAAAGGAAAUUGCAAAAAAAUUAUUAAUAUUAUUAAUUACAAAAUUUUAACCUGAAUGUAAUUUUGACCUGUAACAUAUAUGCCUUCUUAAUGCUUAUGAUAAAAUAAUGCUUAGAUGCCAUGAUUAGCCAUGAACUUGAACAGUGGCUAAACUCCUUUUUAAUAGCCAAUCAGUGUUUUGUAUAGAUUUUUUUUGUUUCUUCAAAGGUGAAUUUACUGCUACUGGUGGAGAUCCUCUCUCUAAAUUCUGCCAUGAUUUGAAAACUGCUCCUGAUGAGGUAAUUUUGCUUGUAAUUGUGUAUAUAACAAGUAACCCAGCUUACUCAAUCAGGUGGUAAUCAAGAAUGAAUGUUACAACUCAUCCUCCUUACCAUGCCACAGCAGUCACCUAAUUUCUGUAAUGUAGCUUUACGUUGUUUUGAUGUUGUAGAACCUCUGAUUGAGGCAAAUGAAUGAGUUGACAUCAAACUUAAGAUUAAAAGGAAAAUAUAAGCAUUAGACUGGACCCUGCCUUAUGACCACCCCAUUAUCCAGUCCUGAGGAGCACUUGAAUUUCAGCUUGUCCUUUGGAUAAGCAGUGCUGAAAUAUAUGCUAUUAAGGGCCUUGUCUAAGUUAUGAUUUAGAUAUAAAUAUGUGUUCUUGACCAAGCAUGAGGAGGUCAAGAUGGCUGGAUAUUGGCCAAGUUGUUUUUUGCUUAUUUAUGGACCAAGACAAAGUUAAGGUCAUGGGCCCAUCUUUCCAUCUUGAUCGUCUUCCAUUCAGAACGCAGGGUUUGCUUCAGCUUGCCCACUUGCAGAUUCAGCUACAUUUAUAUAACAAGAAGAGUUAUUAGAGAGAUUAAGUAUCGCAUUUACGGCAAACGUGAAUUUGUACCGCGUGACCAAUUUUCCCCUUUACUUGUCAUCAAUUUACUGUUCAUUAUAACUGCACGAAAAUCAGUUGAUUCACUCCAAUUCUGUCCAUGUUUUGAGCUCUUUUAUCUGCUCAUUUCUCAUUUUGAAAAUUUCUUAACUUGAAUCUCACGUUUGCUGUUUGGCAUGAAUGCGAUGCUUAAUCAUGACUUGGGCAUGACUUACCAGACAGGGAAAUUUAUUUGUCGUGCAUGACUGGACAGGACCUUUUUGCAAGCCCUGAUUAUUUGAAAUGACUACGUUAGUAGUGAGUGUGGCCACAUUCUUUCAUCCCAAACAUAAAUCACUCAGGGUUUUCUUACCUGAAACCCUUAUUAAUACUUACCAAAUUUUCAUGCUUUUUGUAAGUGUUGUAAACGGGAGUUGAUUUCGUGGCCAACAGAUAAGUGUCGACUGCUUAAGUAUCUCUAGACUUGGCCGGUUUCGGGCUAUCAAUAUUCUAAGAGACUUGCACACACUCAAGUCCUGAUCACGUUCACAUUCAUCGUUUAUUGCUAAAUCAAGGUACUUUUAUACAUAUUGGUAGCUAAAUCAUACAUGGGAAAAUAUAGUAGGGAAUGCAUGUGGUUUCCUUUCUAGUAAACACCCUAAUUCGAUUGAAAGCUUAAAACACUAUUACUCCUACAUUACUUACGUAAAUCCUGAGCGGCUAGGUUUGAGUAAUCAUUCCAUCCUACACAAAAUCCUAUCAGUUUAAAAGGUGUAGCUUGCAGCUUUUACGCUAUUCCAAUCGAAAGGCACAUCUAACUAUCUACUUUACACGAUGCACAUUUUUGCACGCUUGCUUACACAGUAGGGAUCAUAUUUCCGGUUCCUAUCAAGCUAGUAAUUGAUCUAUUGUUCACUCAAGAUUAACAAGUCACGAUUCAUUGUACAAAGUGUCACGAAUUCUUUAACUUUACUACAAUGGUUACAUUAAUGGGGUUUCAACAUAACCAAGAAAGAAUAAAUCCUGGAGGAAAUAAAUAAAGAAAUAUCCUACACCGUAGAUUUGAAAAAAAUAGUAACUUUGUCAGAUUAUUUUGGUUUGCGUACCAGUGCAACAAUGGUUUUAAAGAAAAAACAAAACUGGAUUAUAAACAAGAGCAAUGAGAUAGCGAUAAAGAGACAUUCAAGUGUUUUGUGAUUAUCUUUUCGUAAAUUUAAAAGUAAAUCUUUUUAAUAAGUUUCUUUUGUUUCUAGGAUUGUGCCAUUUGUUUUGAAAAACUCUGUAACAUCUCCUCAUUUCAUGAUGAAUGUGAAAGCACCAAAGAAGCUUGCCCCAUCAAACAGCUGGACAAAUGCAAGCAUUCAUUUCAUGCCUCUUGUUUGCAGGCAAUGUACAACAGUGGAGCAAAAGUAAGUGACUUAUAGAUUUCUUCACCGUAAUAACUGUGGUCUGAGACAAGAUUUUAAGGGAUCAAGCAAACAGGUGCAUGGGAAAAGGCUCUAAAUGAAUGAUAAAUUUUCACAUUACUUGGAGGUCUUUUCCGAGUACCUUACCAAUUAAGCAACAAUAUUGCGUUAGAGUAAAAGCCAUUUUAAGGUACCUUUAUGUAGUUACAAGUUAGCUAGUCCCUUUUAGGUCUCCUUCUAAAUUACAUUAUACUUAAUUACAAACUUGAUUUCACAAUGACUAGUGUUUUUUUUUUUCACAAUAAACUAAGGAUCUGGUAACUGGCAGUGUUCUAUUAUAUGCUAACAUUAUUUUUUUCACCAUCACUAAAAUUUUGGGCGACCUUGCAGCUCUCGCAAGACCUUAUGGGAUUGGUUAGAAAGCAAUGAACAAAGUUAACAAAGGAACCUAGUGCAAAAACAAAAGAGCUGCUACCUAUAGGGGUCCAGAGGUUCUGAAGAGCUGUAAGGCUGAUGAAAAUUUCGAGGUGGCAGCAGUUAUUUGUGACCAUAGCAUAAACAGGCAGUUUAAUAUUAUUGUUGUGUUUUAGAACAUCACAAGAAGUAACAAUCAACAAACAACACUUUAUACACGUACUUCAACAGGACUCAGUGGUUUGUUGCUUUACCUCAAUUUUUCAAAAAAAAAUUUUAUAUUCCCAGGAUGGAAGUUUGCAGUGCCCAACUUGUAAGGCAAUUCAUGGUGUUAAACAUGGUAUUCAGCCAAAGGAGGGUAACAUGGAUGUGCGUCGCUUACACCAAAGCCUUCCUGGACACCCUGACUGUGGAAUGAUUACAAUAACUUAUGACUUUAGAGGAGGAAUACAGGCAUGUCGCAUUCAAACGUUUGCAUUUACAGAGAAGAGAGUAACUUAUCCUUAA